AUGGCCGCCUCAGACCUCGAACCCCACGCCAGUGCAGUUCGUCCUCGUUCCUACCAAAAUGAGAGCUAUCUGCACGGGUUUCUUGGAACUGUGGGCGACUUGCAGAAGGCUGGGGUACUGCAGGAUGUCGUCAUUGAAGUCGAGGACCGGCGGUUUCCCUGCCAUCGGCUUGUUCUGUCCGCGGCCAGCCCCUACUUCAGGGCCAUGUUUACAAGUGACAUGGCGGAGAGUCGGCAGAAGACGGUUACUUUACAGGGUUUGGAUGCAGGCGCUUUCGGGGAGAUCCUGAGUUACAUCUACUCAGGAACUCUCAAUGUGGACAAAGUGCAGCCCCUGUACCAGGCAGCCGACCUCCUCCAACUGGACUAUGUGAGAGACACCUGCAGCAGCUACAUGGCCAUGAGCGUGCAGAGCUCCACCAGUGUGGACCUGUACAAGUUUGCUGAUGUCUUCUCUCUGGACAGAGUUCUAAAGCGCAGUCUGCAUUUCAUCUGUAUGCACUUUGCUGAGGUUGCCUCCAGAGAGGAGUUCUGCAGCCUGAGUGUGAAUCAGCUGACUGAGAUCAUCAGCCAUGAUGAGCUAGAUAUUAAAGAGGAGACAACAGUACUGCACCACCUACCCAGCAUCCUCCCUCACAUCCGCUUCAGCCUGCUUACUGCAGAUGACACGGCAGCCAUAUUGGAUCACCCCCUGGUCAGGGAGGAUCCUGGGAGAUCUGCCAUCAGGAACGUGGUGAAGGAGGCCUCCAACGAGAAGAAGAGAGCGGGGAUGGACACACUGGAAAUGGCCAUGAUUUUUAUCUGCGAUCGUUUUCAUAGGACCAAAGGCAAUGAGGUCCUCUACAUGAAUCCCAGGGCAGGGAAGUACAUCACCUGCAGGUAUUCUGAGGAGGAACUGCCGAAUGUUUGUCCUAUGGCUGUUGCCAGUGGCAACAGUAUUUACGUCAUGAAGAGUGGAGAUCCAAUGAUAACCAAUGAGUUGGCUGUGUUGGAGUACAGCCAUGCAGGCAAUGUGUGGCAGCGGGCUAACAUGUCCUCAUUUUGUAGGCCUAACAUAAAUGACAUCGAAGAGUUUGAUGAGUUCCUUGUUGAAGUUGAUAAGAUUUUGUAUUACAUUAUCGUGGAAACGUUACUAGACAGUACAUCGGUGUGGAUGAGAAAGUACGACAGGCACACAGACCAGUGGCAGAAGUGUUCACCGCUGCACCUCAGGAUCAGCAAACCAACAGGGGUAUGCUCUUACUACACGGCUGUACCCUGUGGUUCGCACAUCUAUUUCCUCAUGGAGCCAGAAAUGCAUCGCUACGACCCGAUCCAGGACUGUUGGUGUAAGCGGACCCCAGUAUCGGAACUAGACUGGUAUGGAAUCUGGACGGCAGCUGCCAUGGGAACCGAGAUCUUCUGCACAGACACAGAGUUCACCAAGACCUUGGUGUACGACACAGAGUCUGACAGCUGGCAGGAACUGCAAGGCUUGCCAAACCGAGACCCAGAACUUGACAGCAAUGACUACGUCUUCACAGUCCUUUUUGUACUGGAGAACCAGCUGCAUGUAUUGGUUAAGAUAUUAAAGACAGCCUUACAACCGUCAGAGGAGGCUGUGUAUGUGUAUGACAGGUCUACUGAUACCUGGAGGGACUUGGAGGCCAACGUGCCUAGCCUAGAUUUUUCAACACAGUCUGGGCUCUGCCCAGUGGCACGUAUAUACCUACCGUGUCUUACUGCAAAGGCUAUAGGUGCACAAGGGCACUGACUUGAGUACAGCAUGCCCUUAGAAAAUGACUGAUAUAUGGUUAGCCCUUUUUUGUCAGAUCGAACUGCACAUGAGUAGGUCAAUGGUUUUUCCCCUGAUUUGGGAAGAGUUGUUGUCUCAACCAUGCUUUAAAAAUAUAAGAUUUUCUUCUUUCAGAUCAAGC